CCUCGAUUCUCUCAAAGGCUUCUUUCUGCAGUAGAACUUUUCUCUUUGAUUCCUUCCCAAACUAACUUUCGUUGAAGAACAUCACAUCAAUACAAAGAUUUUUAAUUGACCAAAUAAUUUGAAAAAAGAUGAAUGAAAGAUUGGCUUUUCACUUGAAGAACAAGUAUGUGAUUAUUAGUGUGGUCGCCACAGUGUUGGCUAUUAUAUUAUUGGUGGCGGGUUUGGGUGCUGCUAUUGCUACGUGGGCUGCUGCUUCUCACUUUUCUAUAUAUUCAUCUGUUGAGAAGCAUUCUGAUUGUACACCAAGUGGUUGCUCAAUUGUCAAUGGAAAUGUAAUGCAAUAUAAUAUUACAAAGAAUGGAGUGACUGUUACUGUUACAUCAAGUGAUUUAAACACUAAUCUAUGUAAUUCGACCUUUGUGGACUGUUAUUACAAUGUGGAUAGUUUGCCAAAGACCUUGUGGAAUACAAGUGAAAAAAAGGAUUCCAGUAGGACAACUGUUGCUGCUUACAUUAUUUUGGGAUUAGCUUUCAUGAUCAUUCCAAUUUGUGUGUUACUUGUCGAUGGGUUGACCAUUUUCUGGUGUUAUAAACGUAAGCUUGUUGGUGACGAAACUGAACUAAUCCCUGGUGGAAAUACAUCCUCUACUAGAGAUAGUGUCAGUGUUUCAAACCAGAACUCUUCCUCAGUGUAAUAUUCGGAAUGCAACAAUUUCAUAACAAUUUAUGUGAGACAACACAACAGUGAUUGUAUUAAAUAUUUAUUCUAAUUUAUUGC